AUGAGAACAUACCACAUACUUCAAAUUAUUUUAAUCUUACAGAAUGUAGCAUCGUUUAGCCUAAACAGCCACUGUGCGUCCCUCUCGGGGGCCAUAAAUGGGCCAAAAAGACAAAAUUUUAAUGCAGAAAAAUUGAGUAUCGCAGAAAUCGAACGAGAAUUUAGGGAUGAAUCGGAUGAUGAAGACGAAUUUUUGCCGGAACUCCCAGUUUUGAGGAGCAUCCCUCGCAGGAAGAGGGAAGAAGAUGAAUUAGAGCUUCCGGAGGAUUUUCAAGAGGAAACUGAAGAUGACGAUCAAUACUAUGAGGAUGAAUGCCCUGAAAAUGGAAAUGAAGAGACUACAACUAUUCUGGAUGACACACCUGCUGGAAAACUAAUCAGAGAUUCCAUCAUCUGGGAGCAGAACGAAUUACGUUACAAACAUCCAUCAUUUGCCAAUUUUGACAACUUGUCAGAGGAAUACGUUUUAGAGACUCAAAAACAGUUGAAGCAAGAGGAGAGAGGUAUAACCCAUAGGGAACAGUUACGGGAACUGCUUGAACCGAAGAAGACAAAAACGCGUAAAAGCAUUACAUGGAAGACAAUGAUACCCUCGUUUAUUGUUGACACUAAAAACAAUCAAUGUAAAGGUUGUGGAGUGUUUUUGCAGACGCAACACGAGGAUAAAAAAGGAUACGUUGAUCAUAUCAUUCUACAAAGGAAAGUUCCUGUACUCUGCAAACGAUGUUCUAGCAUGAACAGCGGUGGAAUUUAUACCGUUGGCGGAGUAGCACUGGGUCAGAGUGCAAAGGAAGCAUCCGGUGAAACAGUGGCUCGGUUGCGCAAUGCUCUGAGUUAUCAUGAAAAAAGAAGUAUUAAAAUCGUUUACAUUAUGGAUGUAUUAGAUAUGUACUUUGAAGAAGGACUUGCGAAUCUCAUUAUCAAACGACGUGCUUUGGCAAAAAAAGUUUCUACACGUCUUUACAUUGUAUUAAACAAGGUUGAUUUACUUCCGAAGCAUCGCAGAAAGAGGAUUAUGGAGUAUGUGCAAAGAUUUAUAAAUAACAAGGCGCCGCAACUCAGAGUAAAAACUAGGGAUAUUUUCCUAUUGAGUGCUAAAAAGGGAGCCGCAAUAAAUCUCUUUUUAAGUGUCCUGUUGAAGAAUGCACGAAGGACUCGGAUAUUUUUUGUCGGUGCCACCAACGUUGGAAAGUCGACCCUUUUGAAUUGUAUAGCUAAUUUCACAGGAGGUGAAACUAAAAAGAUACACAAUAUUGCCAGUCUUAUGACUGUUUCCGGUGAGGGUACAAACGAAACCGACUCUAGAGGCAAGAAAAAGAAGUUACAAGAACCCCCAAAUAUUUUAUCCACAAGUAUCGUACCUGGAACAACUUUGAGCGUGAUGCAUAUAAAUACAGGUACAGGUUUGAAACUUUUUGACACUCCUGGAAUCGUUUUACCGGGAUCAUUGACAUCUUACCUGACUGCAUCAGAAUUAAAAUUAGUUGUACCUUCAUCUCUGGGUCCUCUAAAGCCGCAUCGACUUAGAGGAGGUUACACAAUUCUAUUGGGCCCAUUCGUUCGCAUAGAUAUCGUUAGGGGUCGUCCAUUCUUUUUUAAUAUAUUCGCGUCAAAGAGGAUCAAAGUGGUCACUAAAAAGACGUUUAAAGUUGAAAAAUUUCUCCAUACCAAUCCAUUUGGGGAUGUUCGUCUCUUUUAUGGCGUGGAACCACUAGAGAAUUCCCGUAUGGCACGUAGAAUGAAGAUUCUUGGAGCUGGAUGGGAUAGGGCAACUACAGACAUUUGCAUUCAGGGACUUGGCUUUGUAACACUUGGGGGUGCCUUGGGACUAGAGUUGCUUGUGGAAACCCUUCCAGAAGUUACAGUACAUAUGAGGGAACCAUUAAUGCCCUUUGACGUGAUUCCGUUUAGACGCAAGUGGGCAGAUUGA